AUGUUAGCCACCUCUGUGUCCAAGAAGAUAACCAUAAUAAUCAUCGCCAUCUUCGUCGCCUAUUUCGUCUUUCGAGACCAAUUAUGGUCUUUAGAAACUCCUGUUUUCCUUCAGGAACCCCUCACUAGCUUUACCAUUAGUACCACUCACAUCACACAUACCACACCCGACGAUUCGACGCAUCUCAAUGACGCAAGCAGUUCGACGAAAGGAGAAAUCGAAAUAUCAAAAUUAGUCCGCAAAUUGCACCAAAUCGCACCCCCACAGCUCACAGAACCAGCCGCAUGUCCAGGUAAAACGGUAGCAAUCGAAGCAGCCACAAACGAAACCGAACGUCGAGAUGUCACACCUGUAUCCGAAGAACAGAUUCAAGCCGCGAGGAUCGCGCACGAGAAUGUGGUGGAUAUGAUACGGAACUCUUCACAUUUAGUCCCUUAUACACCUGGAUCCAAGGGCAUCGUAACGGUAGCAGGCGGAAAAUUCACCGGCGCAUUACUGGUUUCCAUUCGCAUGCUGCGAAGAACAAAUUCCACGUUACCAGUGGAGGUUUUUAUGCCGAAUCCAGAGGAUUACAAUAAACAUACUUGCGAAGUAGUGUUGCCAUCUCUUAAUGCCCGUUGUGUUAUGAUUCCGCAAUAUGAAAACCUCACAAUUGCGAGAUAUCAGUAUAAGAUUUUCGCGGUCAUGUUGAGUAGUUUUGAGGAUGUAUUAUUUUUGGAUGCGGAUAAUUUUCCGAUUGUCGAUCCGAUCGAAUGGAUGGAGGCAAAAGUCUAUAAGGAUACAGGUUAUGUCUUGUGGCCAGAUUUCUGGUUAGCUACCACAUCUCCCUAUUAUUUCCAAGUCAUCGAUAUUCCCGCCCCGUCCCUCCUCUCCAUCGGCACCACCGAAUCCGGCCAAGUAAUCAUCUCCAAACGCACGCACAGCGACGUUCUCCUCCUCGCCCUCUACUACAACAUCUUCGGACCCUCAUUCUACUACCCCCUACUAACCCAAUGCGACCCUGGAGAAGGCGACAAAGAAACAUGGUUAUACGCCGCCAUUGCACUCGAGAAGAGCUACUUCCAAGUUCGCCAGCGAACCGGAGUCGUCGGCCAUAAUUCACCAGAUGGAUAUCAAACUGCAAGUAUGGUGCAACAUAACCCAUCGAAUGAUUAUUCCACGUAUCUCCAAGAAGAAAAGACUGGAAAAGAACAUCCGUUGUUUCGAAUCGAUGAUCCGGAACAUAGACCCGAAGUGGUGUUUAUGCAUCAUAAUAUUAUUAAAUUAUCGCCUGUGGAAAUGAUGAUUUGGAUAGGGAAAGCGGAAAAUAAGAAGAGUAGAAUGUGGGGGGAUAGACAAAGUACGAUUGAUAGGUUUAAAGUGGAUUUGGAAAAGAAUGUUUGGGAGAAUGUUUUGUGGGUGGCUUGUCAGUGGGGAGAUAGCUUGGUGAAUUGGAAUGAGGGGGUUUGUGAGGGGUUGAUGGAACAUUGGGCGGGAAUUGUAGCGAGAGAGGCAGAAGAAGAUGUGAGGAAGUUAUUUGGAGUCAACAAGAACUCGGUGGUGAUAGAAAAUAAAGAGGAAUAG